AUGCCAAACUCUGAGCACAGACGCACCUUAAAGGCAUGUGAUCCCUGCAAACGACGGAAGGUCAAGUGCAAUGGUCAAGCCCGAUGUCAGCAGUGCACGCAUGCCGGUCUACCGUGUACAUACGCGACCAGCGUAUCAGACCAGCAACGGAAGAAAGCCGUACGACGGGGUACUGUAAUUGCCGAAUGCCGCACAUUGAUGCUCAAGCCACCCCAUACAAGCUCGUCCCUAUCGCCCCAGGCCUUACCCGUUCAGAUACCCCAACCAAUCUCGUCAAAUCAAAACCCGUCGUUCUUCCUCGAGCUCUUGAGCGACUACGAACAGUAUGUGUACCCGAUGAGCCCAGUUAUUCCAGCGGAUAUGGUUCAGGACAUGAUUACACACAUGACUGACAACACCGAUGCCGCAUCGUAUGUCUACAUAUUCGCUGCAGUGACAUUGAGCUUGGCGAGAAGCGAACCCGUUCAGGAUGCGACCGCGACUCGCGACCAGAUCGCAAUGCUGCUCACCCGCUCACUUGAGCUGCGUCGUCCAUUCGGUCUCGACUCUCAACCUACUGUUGUACAUGUCAUGAGAGACGUCUUUACAGAGAUGAGCUGCAUGACGCUGCGCCGUCCUGAAUUGGGCCACAUGUACCUUCGCGAGGCGAUUUCGCUACUGUACAUGCUCAACGCACACUCGGAAGACGACCUGGCCAGACUUGAUGUUCCACAACGUGCUCGUCUCCAACGAGCAUAUUGGGAGUGUUUUAUACAUGAGAGAUUUACUGCCUUGACAUACCACCGCCCGACAUCCUUAGAUCCAUUAUCCGCAUUGCCAGACCACGAUGCUUCGCUACCUGCAGACGUCGAGGUAGGCUUCAACUACUGUAUCAAAAACUUCUGUCUUAUCGACAGAAAAUUUCUUGAUCUUUGGCUAGGCGAUCGAUCAGGAGUCACGGCUGGAUGGGUCGAGGAGAAGCAGCACCAGCUAGAAGACAUUGAUUGGCAUUGCGAGGUCUCGCGGCUACCGAAGAUGCAGCAGGCGGAUCUCAUUAUUACGAGGCACUGGUUACGUACGCUUACCUGGCAGAUGGGUUUGUCUAAUACACUGCUCUCCUCGUCGCCUGGUUCUUCGAUCUUGCUUUCUCUCUCUUUUCCGCUGCGGCUGUCGAAUGAGCUUCGUCAAUUCUUGAUUACCAUCCCGCGUGAUCUUGUUGGUAUUCAUGGCUCUGGCAUUCUCAAAAAGCUUUUUGAGAUUGCUAGUACUAUCGCUGACGUUGUGCUUCAUAUGCCAUAUACACCUGGUGAUGAUACGGUGCAGCGUAUUCAUGAUAUCCUCUUCCUCAAGAAGUUUGUUUUCUCUUUUGCUGGGCUGCAGAGCUUGUGGCCGGAGCUUUUGUCACAGAAAUUUGAGAUGAUUCGGGAUAAGUACCCGGAAAUCAAAGAGAUGGAGCUUCUUGUAUGA